AUGGAAGAACAGAGCUGGUUGCACAGCCCGUUGCUGGUCGGCGAAAGUGAGGCCCAAAAUUUUCGGUGGCCCGGUGGUUGCGACUGGCGAUUCGGCUUCGUCUUCGUUGUAAAAACCGCGUUUGCAGGCUGGCUGUCGACGUGGACAAUCUGUGUCCUAGCUGCCAAUAUAGAAGCUAUCGCGCACCCAUCAGAAGACGAAAAGCAGUGGCUGGAUCAUCUCGGCCCACACGGUGCAGCCACAGCCAUCUUGCUGAUCUUCCCCAUCGUCAUUGCUUGUCUUUGCAUCCCCUAUAUGUGGAAAUUCCAGGGGUCAUGUCUGCACGUGGCCAGCCUGGUUGGCUCCCAUCAACUCAUGACAUCGGGAAUCCUCACCAUCCCAAGAGCCUCAUACACUGAAGAGCAUCGGCAGGACGACAUAGACCGAAUCUGGCGUUUGCACAAGUUCCAAGCCAUCGUGUCGUGGGUGAAGCUUUGGCAGCUGGGACGGAAGAGAGCAGCCAUCCUGUGUUUUCUGUUUUGGAAUGAGUGGAACGUCAAUCUGCACACAGAAGACCAGGCAUUCUGGCUGUGGCUGGUGGUGACCACACUGUUUCAAGCCCGAGCUCUAGCAUCUCUAGCGAAAGAUGCGGCAGAGCUCGCUGCAAGCCGCGAGGAGAAAGAUCCCCAAUUUGCAAAGCUGCUCAACAAGCAGAGCUUCUUCUUGCACCUGGGCAGUGUGAUGACGGUGGUCGAGGCAGCCCACAUGCCACUGACGCAGACCUGGAUAGUGCCCGCGAUAGGUCUCGGCUGGUACGCCGGCGUGGACCUGAUCUUCAAUCAGAUUAUGAUCCUUGUUAUAGGGGGAGUCAUAGGCCCAGAGGAAGAUGUGAUCGCCUUGGGAGAGUUGUCAUGGAUGAUGGGUUCCAGGGGCCACAGAGUCGCCUUCCCCGGAAGGGUGAAUCUUUCUGCCAGGGACUGCAUUGUCAGCUUUCCUGGCAAAUAUGCCAUGGAAUGGGAUGAUGCUGUGCGCAAGGUGGAAAUGCAUGAAGACUCUUGCAGUUUGGCAUGCGUCUUCCUCACCAACAAAGCCACGGGCCUUGGGGUCCAUGCAGAUGUUGCCGGUGAACCUUUGGGCCGAUGCUGGUGUCAGUCUCUAUAUGGAAAGCUGCCGCCUCACGCGUACUUGGAAGUUGUUGAAGAUGCUGACAAGAUGACCCAAGAACAGCUGGACUUCAAGUUACAAGAUGCUGAAGCUAUGGGCCAGGUGCUGGUUAUUCGCCAAGGUGAAACGGACAGCGUUUGGAAGCAGAGGAAGGAAGAAGCCUUAUCAGAAGCGACGGAGAAGUGCAAGGAGAACCAAGGGCGUGCUCCUUGGGGGUGCCAAUGGUUCGCUAAAUGGAAGGCAAAUGUGGACAAAGCGGUCGAGUGCAGGCAAACCCUCCACGUUUUCUUUUUUGAAAACAAGGUGGGUUGUGGCAAGCUGGCAUGGGAGGAUCUAUCACACCCAGCAGCUCUGUCAGAGGCCAAAAGAGACAAUGGAUUGGGAAAUUCCCAACGGGCUGAGGUGGCUUACUUGGAUCGCUGCCAUGUCGCCUACGAGGAACAUGAUGUGAGGGAAUUCUACGCUUUUAUGUCUCAACGCAUGAAGAAGAAAAAGGUUCCACGGAUCGGGGUCACAAGUAAAAGGACGCGGGUUGUAAGUAAAGCUUACCAUACUCGCAUCUGCUCAUCCCUCCGACUAAGACGAUCAAACUAA